CCCUCUGCAGAUGCCGUCCCUGUUUUCUGGCAGUCCCCUGGGAGGCUGGCUGGCAAGCAGGGAAGGCAGGCAGAAGGAUGAUGUCACUGGUGGGUGCCCUGAGGCCCGGCAGGGUCAGUGAGGGCUGGGAAAGAUGUGUUUGCCAGAAAGGGAAGUGGGGGAGAGGACAGGUGGGGAGGGCCCUGAGGCGGGCUGUCGCCUGCCUGGGUCUCCUGGGAAGGUAAAGGGUCCUUGGUGUAGAUGAGAGCUCAACAGGACUGGGACCUCGUGGGACCUCUGGGCUGAGAAAAGCCAGUGGCCGGGCUUUUGUCAUUGGAUGACGAGAUACGAAGUACCGAAGUGCCGUCCACUUCUCACUUCCAUUCCCGGGCAGGGGCCUGCAUUGUGGGAGGGGUGAGUGGGGAGACCUGGACGGGCCCCUGAGUUGCUUGUCUCUGUCACUGGGCCUCACCUCAGUUCCUCUUCUUCACCCCGUGCACUUCGGUCUGUGCUGACACCAACGUCCCUCGUUAUUCCCCCGUGUCCCAGCCCUCACCGCCUGCUGCAGGCCACAGUCCCCUCUUUGUGUUUCUGCAGAUGGCAGAGCAGCUGAUGGCUGGGGACUUCCCAUCAGGGGAGUUCACAGCCAAACCGUGGUCAGAGGCCUUACCUUGUGUAUGUCCUGUCCUCGCAGUUCUCGUGGUGAUGGAAAGAAGAGAGGGUCAAGACUGGGGUUAGGCCAGCCUGUCUUCCUGUCUCUUGGCUAUAUAGGAAGUAGUGUGUGGGGGUGCACCUGCCCCUUAGCUCCUAUGUCUUGCUAGGGUGUUCAGGUGGAAAGCCUGCUGCUCACUUGCUUCCUGGGUGUCUCUCCUGUCAGCUGGCUGGUGUGUCAGCGGGCAGGGCUGAGACCUCAGCAGCACUGAUGCAGGGGGAGGUCUGCAGGGAUGGAGAGCAUCCUCGUUGCCAACGGCGCAGGAGAUGGGCUGGCGGGGAUCAAGCAGGAGAAGCCAGAGUGGCCGCUGCAGACUGUGGUGUCUCAGGCCGCGCUUCCAGAGAAGGACAAGGAAAACAUAUUUCAGCAGCAGGGCGUCCUCCCACCGUGCCAGACCGCGGGGCGGCCCUGGGCUCUGGGGUCACAGGAGGAGAUUGGAGGUGCAUGGUGGGUCCCACCUCCUGAGCAGGAUGCACGGCUGGCUACUCGAGUUCCGGGAACAGCCCCAGGCCCACUGAGCCCGGCACUUUCUGCGGGUGGGGGUCACUUCGUGUGUGUGGAUUGUGGGAAAAGGUUCAGCUGGUGGUCAUCCCUGAAGAUCCACCAGCGCACACACACGGGCGAGAAGCCUUACCUCUGCAGCAAGUGUGGCAAGAGCUUCAGCCAGAAGCCUAACCUGGAGCGCCAUCAGCGCCACCACACUGGCGAGAGGCCCUUCUGCUGCCCAGAGUGCACAAGACGCUUCAGUCAGAAGCAACACCUGCUCAAGCACCAGAAGACUCACUCUCGACCCGCCACCCACGCGUGUCCAGAAUGCGAGCGCUGCUUCCGGCACCAAGUGGGCCUCCGCAUCCAUCAGCGAGCGCAUGCCCGGGACCGCCUGGGUGCCCGUGUCAGCUUGCAGGAGAUGCUCCGGUAUGCUGCUGCGCGCCGCCGGGUCUGCCGCCUGCGCCCUGGAUCCCCACGCGGGCGCCCCGAGUGGGUCUGGCUGGGGCUCUGCCAGGGCUGGUGGGGCCAGCAUGGGGUACGGACAGCAGCCCAUGGCCGCUUAGGUCCCAGUGAGCAGCGCCAGUUCAUCUGUAAUGAGUGCGGUAAGAGCUUCACGUGGUGGUCAUCCCUGAAUAUCCAUCAGCGCAUCCAUACAGGCGAGCGGCCCUACGCAUGCCCUGAAUGCGGCCGCCGCUUCAGCCAGAAGCCCAACCUGACAAGGCACCUGCGCAACCACACGGGUGAGCGGCCGCACCCAUGCUCGCACUGUGGCCGCAGCUUCCGCCAAAAGCAGCACCUGCUCAAGCACUUGCGCACACACCUGCCUGGUGCCCAGUCUGCAAGGUGCACCAGCUGUGGACAGAACUACCCCAGCCGUGCGGCACUGCGGGCCCACCAGCGGGUACAUGCCACGGCAGAGCUGCUGCGUUCGCGGUCGGCAGUCCAGGGUGGUGUGCCUGGUUCAGAGCCACAAGCUGAGAUGGCCCGGAGUGUGGCUCUGAAGCCCCACGGUCCUCAGGGUGUCAAGGAAGUGCUGUGUGGUCAGGGGUGCGAGACCCUGGCUGCACCCAGUGAGCAGCGCCAGUUCAUCUGUAACGAGUGCGGCAAGAGCUUCUCAUGGUGGUCAGCGCUCACCAUCCACCAGCGCAUCCACACUGGCGAGCGGCCCUAUGCGUGCCCAGACUGCGGCCGCUGUUUCAGCCAAAAGCCCAACCUCACACGACACCGGCGCAACCACACCGGCGAGAGACCCUACCUGUGCACUGCCUGUGGCCGUGGGUUCCGUCAAAAGCAGCAUCUGCUCAAGCACCAGCGUGUGCAUCGUGGAGCUCAGGCACCACACCCCCGCCCAGAGGAGGAAGAAGAGCCGUAGUGUGUGCCCCCCAUGCAGCUAAUGGUGGUGGGUGGUAGAAUGUGUGCCUGCAGGGUGUUAUUUGGGGGAUCAGGAGGGACAGGAAUGCUGACUCUUGAUGCUCCCCAAGUUAGAGCCUGUUGAAAGGCUCCCCAAGGUUCGCAGGCCUGAGGAUGGUAUUCCAGAAGCCUGAAAAGUGCCUAGCGGGGGAGGUGAGAUCAAAGCUCCGAGUGUCCUUGAUGGGAAUGUGUUCAUUAGUACACCAUUCAGAACUGGCCCUCAGCCUUAGGCGCCUUGUGAAGGGAUGUUGGGGUCCCCAGGAAAGCCUCCUUGUGUGCAAUGGCCUGGAACUGAUCAAUGGUAGCACUGUCCUGUCACAUAGGCUACAAGAUGGUUAGCGGGGUCAUCCGCAUGGGAAGAUGUCACAGGCUCCAGGAUACCAGCAGUAGAGCAAAGGUUUCUAUUCCCCAGCACCAAGGACAGUGCCACCUGUGCUGGCUUGGAUGAUUUGAUGGUCUCUCUCCAUCUGAGUGUCGUGGUAAGGCAGACCUGGCCAUAGAACUGAUGAUGUGUGUGAUGACUAAGGGUUGGGGUACAGUCACAUGGUUUCAGCUCUAGCUCGGCUGCUCGGGAAGGUGGCUGUGCGGGAGUGGGCCAUCUGUUCCAAGCCUGUGGGUUUCUUUGGCUGACUUGGGUCCGUACCCAUACUGCUGUUGGAGGAAAAUGAAGGACUGAAUAUUC